AACAAAAAACAGUCAAAUUCAAGUGUCUCUCAACCCUCAAAGUUUAUAUCUGAAGCAAGUUCCCAAAAAAUUGCUCGAUUUUUAGCAAAAGCAGCUCAAAACUAAUUCUAAUGGCAAAACUCAACACGCUCUUGCUAUUCAUCUUCUCCCUCCACUGCCUCCUCAGCACGGCCGAGUCGGGCCGGCCCGCGAGCACGGCCGGAGCCACGGAUCUCAUCAAGUCGGAGUGUCGGGCCACGCGCUAUCCAGCGCUGUGCAUCGAGUGCCUCUCCAAUCACUCCACCACCAUCCAAACACGGCGACAGCUGGCGCAGGCCGCGCUGUCGGUGAGCCUGUCGCGGGCCCAGUCCGCGGCCAGCUUCAUCUCGAAGCUGGCCCGGAUGAGGGGCAUGAAGGCCGGCGAGUACGCCGCCGUGCAGGACUGCAUGGAGAACGUGGGGGCCACGGUGGACCAGCUGAGCCGGUCCAUGAAGGAGCUCGGGAGCCUGCACGAGCCGGUCACGAGCGGGGACUUCUCGUGGCACGUGGGAAAUGUGCAAACGUGGGUUAGCACAGCGCUCACGAACGAGAACAUGUGCCUCGAGGGCUUCUCCGGCGCCGCCAUGGAUGGGAAUGUUAAGGUUGCGAUAAGGAGGAGGAUACUCAACUGUGCGCAAGUCACUAGCAAUGCGCUAGCCUUGGUUAAUCGCUUUGCGACUAGACAUUAAUUAGAUCCAGGAAUUAAUCCACAAAAUUCUUGAUUUGUCCAACUCCAAGAGAUUUUAUUUAGGAAGUGUAUUUCAUUUCAUUUUCUUACCUAAGUCGAUGUUUCCUGCCAAAUGUUGAGGGUCUCCUAGAGUUUUUCAAGAUGUGUUUUUGCAUUGGCUUGUCUGUAAAGUUUGUGGUUUUGUGACGUCGGUUGUAGUUGAUUAAAGGUAUUAGUGUUGUCUUUUGGUUAAAUUUAUGAAAGAGCUAUAAGUUGUGAUUA